AUAAAUGAUACGUGAUCUGAUCAGUUUUUUCAAACUAAGUAAUUUUUAUUGAGUUGCAUAAACAAUGAGGGAGCCAAUGGCUAACUUUGUGAUUCCACUUCCUUUCAUGCUCUUCAUUACUCGUUGGUUUCUGUUGGCUCAUCAUGUCAGUGCUGCAGAGACUUCCACAUACAUAGUACACAUGGACAGAUCCCUUUUUCCCACUGUCUUUUCAACGCAUCAUGAUUGGUUUGAAUCCUCCGUUCAGUCCAUAAAAUCAGCAACACCUGGUCACUCAUUCAAGCAAUCACAGAAACAGAUAGUGUAUUCCUAUAACCAUGCCAUGUAUGGUUUUAGUGCAGUGCUAACCUCAGAAGAGUUAGAGGCUCUCAAGAACUCUCGUGGUUUUGUUGCGGCAUAUCCAGACAGAAAUGUCACCUUAGACACCACUCACACUUUUGAGUUUCUCUCCCUAGCCUCUUCCAGUGGCCUCUGGCACGCUUCCAAUUUGGGGGAGGAUGUCAUUGUGGGUGUUAUUGACUCUGGUGUGUGGCCUGAGAGUGAAAGCUUCAAAGAUGAUGGCAUGACCAAGAAAAUUCCAAGUAAAUGGAAAGGAACCUGUCAGGAAGGGCAAGACUUCAACUCUUCCAUGUGCAACUUCAAACUGAUCGGAGCUAGAUAUUUCAACAAAGGAGUGAUUGCUGCAAAACCCAAGGUUAGAAUCACUAUGAACUCAGCCAGAGAUACAGUGGGUCAUGGAACUCACACAUCUUCCACAGUUGCUGGCAACUACGUCAGUGGAGCCUCUUACUUUGGCUAUGCCAAAGGGGUGGCCAGAGGCAUUGCACCAAGAGCUAGGCUAGCCAUGUACAAGGUCCUUUGGGAAGAGGGUCUUUACGCCUCUGAUGUUUUGGCUGGAAUGGACCAAGCCAUUGCUGAUGGGGUUGAUGUCAUUUCCAUCUCUAUUGGGCAGACUGGUGUUCCAUUUUAUGAAGAUCCUGUAGCAAUAGCUUCUUUCGCAGCAAUGGAAAAAGGGGUGGUGGUUUCAUCCUCUGCAGGUAACCAAGGUCCUGCUCUUGGAACUGUGCACAAUGGAACCCCCUGGCUUCUGACUGUGGCUGCCGGAACAGUAGACCGCACAUUUGGUUCUCUGACUCUUGGAAAUGGCCAAACCAUUAUUGGUUGGACCUUGUUUCCCGCAAAUGCGUUAGUGGAAAAUCUUUCACUUAUCUACAAUAAGAAUACAUCAGCCUGUAACUCAGUGAAGUCGUUAUCCAAAGUGGCCAUGGAAGGGAUCAUUUUAUGUGACUUGGUGUCAGACCCGGAGUUAGUGAUUAAACAAAGGAGGUUUGUUAAAGAAGCCAGUUUGUUAGGGGCAGUAUUUAUCUCUGAUCAACCAUUAGUAAAUGAAGAACUUGCCAGCUCUCCAAGUAUUGUAAUCAGUGCAAAGGACGCACCAUCUGUGAUCAAAUAUGCAAAAAGCCAUAAGAAUCCAACAGCCAGUAUCAAAUUUCAGCAAACAUUUGUUGGAAUAAAGCCAGCACCAGCUCUUGCUGAUUACUCUUCAAGAGGUCCUUCACCUAGCUACCCUGGGGUCUUGAAGCCUGACAUAAUGGCACCUGGCUCUAGUAUCCUUGCUGCUUACCCUCCUGAUAUAUCUGUAGCUGCAAUUGGUGACAAUGUGUUCUUACCCAGUGACUACAAUUUCAUGUCUGGAACAUCCAUGGCCUGCCCUCAUGCUUCUGGUGUUGCUGCUCUUUUGAAAGCUUCACACCCUGAAUGGAGUGCAGCUGCUAUAAGGUCUGCACUAGUAACCACAGCUAGCCAUCUAGAUAAUACACAAAAUCCAAUUAGAGACUAUGGCUAUCCUUCAAAAUAUGCUUCCCCUCUUGCCAUGGGAGCAGGUCAAAUUGACCCUAACAAAGCACUUGAUCCAGGUUUGAUAUAUGAUGCCACCCCACAGGACUACGUUAAUCUCCUUUGUGCUUUGAAUUACACACAAAAACAGAUCUUAACCAUUACAAGAUCAGGUUCCUAUAAUUGUUCUAAACCAUCGUUUGAUCUUAACUACCCUUCAUUCAUAGCUCUCUACAGCAACAAAACAAGGUCAGUCGUCCACAAAUUUAAGAGGACAGUGACCAAUGUUGGAGAUGGUGCUGCCACAUACAGAGCCAAGGUGACAGAACCUAAGGGUUCUAUGCUGACAGUGUCACCUGAGACAUUAUCAUUCAGAUACAAAAAUGAGAAGCUAAGCUACAACGUGAUGAUAAUGUAUAGCAAGUACAAGAAGGAAAAUAUCUCGUACGGGGAUCUUGUUUGGAUCGAAGAUGGUGGAAAACACACUGUUAGGAGCCCCAUUGUAGUGCCCAUGGCUAACUUUGUGAUUCCACUUCCUUUCAUGCUCUUCAUUACUCAUUGGUUUCUGUUGGCUCAUCAUGGCAGUGCUGCAGAGAGUUCCACAUAUAUAGUCCACAUGGACAAAUCCCUGUUUCCUCGAGUCUUCACCACCCAUCAUGAUUGGUUUGAAUCCAUCAUUGAUUCCUCUAAAUCGGCAACACUUGGUAACUCAUCCAUACAAUCACAGAAAGUGUACUCCUAUAGCCAAGCAAUGUAUGGCUUCAGUGCAGUUCUAACAUCAGAAGAGUUAGAGGCUGUCAAAAGCUCCCUUGGCUUUGUUGCAGCAUAUCCAGACAGAACUGCCACCAUAGACACCACUCACACUUUUGAGUUUCUCUCCCUAGACUCUUCCAGUGGUCUGUGGCAUGCAUCAAAUUUUGGGGAGGAUGUCAUUGUGGGUGUUAUUGACUCUGGUGUGUGGCCUGAGAGUGAAAGCUUCAAAGAUGAUGGCAUGACCAAGAAAAUUCCAAGUAAAUGGAAAGGGACCUGUCAGGAAGGGCAAGACUUCAACACUUCCAUGUGCAACUUCAAACUGAUCGGAGCUAGAUAUUUCAACAAAGGAGUGAUUGCUGGAAACCGCAAGGUUAAAAUCAGUAUGAACUCAGCCAGAGAUACAGAGGGUCAUGGAACUCACACAUCUUCCACAGUUGCUGGCAACUAUGUCAGUGGAGCCUCUUACUUUGGCUACGCUAAAGGGGUGGCCAGAGGCAUUGCACCAAGAGCUAGGCUUGCCAUGUACAAGGUCCUUUGGGAAGAGGGUCGUUACUCCUCUGAUGUUUUGGCUGGAAUGGACCAAGCCAUUGCUGAUGGGGUUGAUGUCAUUUCCAUCUCUAUGGGGUUUGAUGGUGUUCCACUUUAUGAGGAUCCUAUAGCAAUAGCUUCUUUUGCAGCAAUGGAAAAAGGGGUGUUGGUUUCAUCCUCUGCAGGUAAUGAAGGUCCUGAUCUUGGUACUCUGCACAAUGGAAUCCCCUGGCUUCUGACCGUGGCUGCAGGUACCAUUGACCGCACAUUUGGUUCUCUAAUUCUUGGAAAUGGCCAAACCAUUAUUGGAUGGACCUUGUUUCCUGCAAACGCGGUAGUGGAGGACUUUCCACUUAUCUACAAUAAGAAUACAUCAGCCUGUAACUCAGUGAAGUCGUUAACCGAAGUGGCCAUGGAAGGGAUCAUUGUAUGUGACCCAGUUUCAGACCCUGAGUUAGUGUUUGAACAAAGGAGGUUUGUCAGAGAAGCCAGCUUGUUAGGGGCAGUAUUUAUCUCUGAUCAACCUUUAGUAAAUGAAGGACAUGCCAGAUCUCCAAGUAUUGUAAUCAGUGCAAAGGAUGCACCAUCUGUGUUCAAAUAUGCAAAAAGCCAUAAGAAUCCAACAGCCAGUAUCAAAUUUCAGCAAACAUUUGUUGGAAUAAAGCCAGCACCGGCUCUUGCCGAUUACUCUUCAAGAGGUCCUUCACCUAGCUACCCUGGGGUCUUGAAGCCUGACAUAAUGGCACCUGGCUCUAAUGUCCUUGCUGCUUUCAUUCCUGAUACUCCAGCAGCUGCAAUUGGCAACAAUGUGUACUUACCUACUGACUACAAUUUGCUGUCUGGGACAUCCAUGGCCUGCCCUCAUGCUUCUGGUGUUGCUGCUCUUCUGAAAGCUGCACACCCUGAAUGGAGUGCUGCUGCUAUAAGGUCUGCACUAGUAACCACAGCCAGUCCUCUAGAUAAUACACAAAAUCCAAUUAGAGACUAUGGCUAUCCUUCUCAAUAUGCUUCCCCUCUAGACAUGGGAGCAGGUCAAAUUGACCCUAACAAAGCACUUGAUCCAGGUUUGAUAUAUGAUGCCACCCCACAAGACUAUGUUAAUCUCCUUUGUGCUUUGAAUUACACACAAAAACAGAUCUUAACCAUUACAAGAUCAGGUUUCUAUAAUUGUGCAAAACCAUCGUUUGAUCUUAACUAUCCUUCAUUCAUAGCUCUCUACAGCAACAAAACAAGGUCAGUCGUCCACAAAUUUAAGAGGACAGUGACCAAUGUUGGAGGUGGUCCUGCCAUAUACAGAGCCAAGGUGACAGAGCCUAAGGGUUCUGUGUUGACAGUGUCACCUGAGACAUUAUCAUUCAGAUACAAAAAUGAGAAGCUAAGCUACAAUGUGCUGAUAAAAUAUAGCAAGUACAAGAAGGAAAAUAUCUCGUAUGGGGAUCUUGUUUGGAUCGAAGACGGUGGAACACACACUGUUAGGAGCCCCAUUGUAGUGGCACCAACUGGAAUUGUAUGAGCUGUAGUUUGAUUUUUCCUUGUUCUGGGCAUGAAAUCCUGCUUCUUUCAUGGGACCCAAAAUAAUAAAUAGUUUGAUGAAUAAGUAAUUACGUAUUAGUUCCAUUUCCAGUGUCUUAUCAGUCAUAGCUAUCUAGGU